AUGCAUUUCUGGCUACGUAAGGGAAUUGACGGGUUCCGUAUCGACGUUGUGAACAUGUAUGAUAAAGCACCCGGGCUGCCUGACGCUCCUAUAACUAACAAGAACUCGCCAUACCAGAUGGACGUGAGCCUGUUCUGCAAUGGUCCUCGCAUGGGCCACUACCUGACCGAGAUGCAGAGCGUCUUAUCCCAGUAUGGUGUCACUAUGACAGUCGGCGAAUUGCCCGCUACAUGGGACCGCGCAGGUCUUCUACGCUAUGUGUCGGCAGCCGCCAAACAGCUCAACAUGGUGUUUCAAUUUGACGUGGUCGGCGUCGGGCGACCGGGUCUGGACGAUGAUCUCGACAUCGCACCCGGAGAUAAUUGGGCCGUGCCGGACCUGGCCAAGGCCGUGGCCAACACCCAGAACCUCCUGCGAGACUCUGACGGCUGGACCACUGUGUUUUUGGAGAAUCACGACCAAGCCCGAUCAGUAUCGCGGUGGGGCAGCGAUGCCACGGAAGAGAGCCGCGUGCGUAGUGCCAAACUGCUGGCGACCCUCUGUGCAACACUGUCAGGGACGUUGUUCAUCUACCAGGGUCAAGAAAUCGGCAUGGUCAACGCCCCGCCGUCUUGGACGAUUGAAGAGUAUAAGGACGUAGCUACCAUCAACAAUUACAAUGAAAAGAAGCAGGAAUCUGGCGGAGACCCUAAGGUCCUAGCUUAUACAAUGGCCAGCCUGCAGCGUCUGGCGCGGGACCAUUCCCGUAUUCCGUUUAGUUGGAACGCCAGUCCCAAUGCCGGUUUUACGAUCGAUGGUGCAAAACCAUGGAUGCGUGUCCAUGACAAUCACAGGUUGGUAAAGGCCAAACAGCAGAUCGCCGAUAAGGACUCUGUCUUGUCGUUUUGGAAGCGCGUACUUUUCCUACGCAAAAAGUACGCGGACGUACUUGUUCAUGGAAUUUACGAGCCAGUAUUAGAUCAACACGCAGAUGUCUACAUGUACAUCAAGAAGGGCACAAAACGCAGCACCAUAGUUGCCCUCAACUUCUCGAACAAGGAGCAGACAAUGACACUACCAGCUGCAGUCUCUACAUCCGACCUCACAUUGGUAAUAAGUUCCUAUGGAGAUUAUGUCAUCGAUAAAUUGAGGUCUUUUGAGGCAGUCGUUUGGUUGACCAACAAAUGA